AUGGGGAACUGCUUGAAGCUGCAGCGCGCCUCCGAGUCGUGGGUUGACGACGACGAGUGGGAGGUGGACGUGGUGGAGGGGAAGACGGCGGCCGGCGAGAACGAGAAGACGGAGCGGGUGGAGGUGAAGAUCAGGGUGACCAAGAGGCAGGUCCAGGAGCUGCUGCAGCAGGCUGCCCGGGACGGCAAGGGGAAGAGGGCGACGGAAAAGGUGCUGACGGAUCUGAUCAACUCCGGCACGGUGUGCUACCACGACGAUCACGAGACGAGGGGGCACUGGAGGCCGUCGCUGCAGAGCAUCACCGAAGCCGAAGAGCCUUGA